AUGUCUAAUACUUUUUUUAUUCCUUCGUCCUUAUACCGUAAUAAAAAUACAUCCAAGUUAUUAAAAACUUCAAAUACAUUUACUUCAACGAACCGAGUCUCUUCUUUAGCAGCAUCAAAGUUGAAUAAAGAUACAACUUUUCUUUACAAGAAAGCUGUAAAAUUAAUUGAAUUCUACUUGUCGGAUUAUUUUCUACUGAUAAAUGAUCAGUUCAGAAAUUACAUUGAAAAGAACAAAAAUGGGAUUGAAUUGAAAGAAUUGUUGAAAUUUAAGGAUUUAAAUAUUUUAGUAAAUAAAGAUUUAAAUAUAAUUAAAAAAUCUAUUGCUUUGUAUGGAAAUAAUUCUUUGAUUUUCGAGUUGAUGGAGGAUAAAGAUCAUAUUAGAUAUAAAAAUUCAUUUGAUCAUAAUAAUCAUAAUAAUACUAAUAUUAUCACAAAAGAACAACUUGAUGAAAAGGCAAUUUAUGUUGUAUAUGACGAAUCAAGAAGAUUUAGAGGAUUUUGUUUUGUCUAUUUCAAUAACAAACACAGAGAUGAAAAGAUGGAUCUUGGAGAAGAUGGUGGAGCAAAUGAUGUAAAUGGAAAGAUGGGAAAUGGAGGAGCUGAUAAUGAUUAUAAUCUAGAAGAUCUUAAAUUACAUAUAAUUCCAAAAAUUAAAUGGAACAGAUUAAGAGAUGAAUAUCUCAACUUAUUACAAAAUGCUCAAGAAAAAAUACCACAUCGUAUUCUUUAUGCUGAAAAUAUUCCAUCAGAUUGGAACAAAUCACAAUUAUUGAAUUAUUUAAACCAAUUUGGUGACGUUGAAAUGAUAUUAUAUGAAACUGGAAGUUCUUGUUGUUAUAUUCAAACAAGUAGCGGACAAGCAGCUACUAAAAUAUUAGAUGCGAUAGCUUCUGACAAUAAUGUUAAUGAAAAUUUAAAAAUUCGUGUUGUAAAAGAAAAAGAAGAAGAAAGAUUUUGGUUAUGUAGACGAACAAACAAUUCACUUGAAUUUAUGAUACAAAAAAAACAAGAUAAUGAACAAGAAGAUGAGGAUGGAAAAAAUAAAAGAGAUGAAAAUAAAGAUGAUAAAUUAUCAUUGUCAUCACAACAAUUACUUUGGCCUGGAUCAUUACAACCACUAAAAAAGAAGACUAUUAAUCGUGGUUUAAUACAAAAAUUUUGGAAACGUGAAAUUGUUAUUACAAAUGAUAAUGGUAUUGUAGAUGAUGCUGGCGACAAUUGA